AUGCCAUUCGUCAAGGAUUUCAAGCCAAUUGCUUUGAAGGACACUAACAUGUUCAAGCCAAUCAAGAUUGGUAACACUGAGGUUGCUCACCGUGUCGUUAUGCCACCUUUGACCAGAAUGAGAGCUCACCACCCAGGUAAUGUUCCAAACAAGGAAUGGGCUGUUGAGUACUACAAGCAAAGAUCUCAAAGACCUGGUACUAUGAUCAUCACUGAAGGUGCUUUCCCAUGUGCCCAAGCUGGUGGUUACGACAACGCUCCAGGUAUCUGGUCUGAAGAACAAGUUGCUGAAUGGACUAAGAUUUUCAAGGCUAUUCACGACAACAAGUCUUUCGUCUGGGUCCAACUUUGGGUUUUGGGUAGACAAGCUUUCCCAGACACUUUGGCUAGAGAUGGUCUAAGAUAUGACUCUGCCUCUGACGAAGUCUACAUGGACAAAGAAUCUGAAGAAAAGGCCAAGAAGUCUAACAACCCACAACACGGUAUCACCAAGGAUGAAAUCAAGCAAUACAUCAAGGACUACGUCCAAGCUGCCAAGAACUCCAUUGCUGCUGGUGCCGAUGGUGUUGAAAUUCACAGUGCCAACGGUUACUUGUUGAACCAAUUCUUGGACCCAAUCUCCAACAAGAGAACCGAUGAAUACGGUGGGUCCAUCGAAAACAGAGCUAGAUUCACUUUGGAAGUCGUCGACGCUAUUGUCGAUGCCAUCGGCCCAGAGAAGACUGGUAUCAGAUUCUCCCCAUACGGUACUUUCGGUACCAUGUCUGGUGGUGCUGAACCAUUGAUCGUUGCUCAAUACGCCUACGUCUUGGGUGAAUUGGAAAAGAGAGCUAAGGCCGGUAAGAAGCUUGCUUUCGUCCACUUGGUUGAACCAAGAGUCACUAACCCAUUCUUCACUGAAGGUCAAGGUGAAUACAAGGACGGUACCAACGACUUCGCUUACUCUAUCUGGACUGGUCCAAUCAUCAGAGCCGGUAACUACGCUUUGCACCCAGAGAUCGCCAAGGAACAUGUCAACAACGAUGACAGAACUUUGAUCGGUUACGGUAGAUUCUUCAUUGCUAACCCAGAUAUCGUUGACCGUAUCGAGAAGGGUUUGCCAUUGAACAAGUACGACAGAGACACUUUCUACGCUAUGACCACUGAAGGUUACUUGGAUUACCCAACUUACGAUGAAGCUAUUAAGAUGGGCUGGGACAAGCAAUAA